UCGUUCCUCAUUCCCAAAUCCCAAAAUAGAAAACAAACUUUGCUCAUCUUUGGGUUUGGUGUUAGUUGCUGGUGACUGGUGAUAUUUUUUAAAUGUAUGCGUUUUCCACUUUAGCUUGAUUAGUUCUUCAGUUUUGCAAAAUUGUACCACAGAAAAUAUUAUAGAUGUCUUGUAAAUGCUACCUCAGGAACCCUCAUUCUUGCCAAUCUAGUCCUUCAUGUUAUUCGUCUGUACAUUAUUCUGAUGUGCAUUGUGCAAACAAUUGUCUGCAAGAUGAACCUAUUGCUCCGAAUUUGUCUUUGGGCAAUCGAAUUCUGUGGCUUACUGAACACCAUGCGGCUAGUGGCAUUGUACGAUGGAUUGGACGCAUCCCAACUAUUUCCACUGCAUGGACAGCUGGAAUUGAAUUUGAUAAAACCUUACCCACUGGUGGAAAUGGAGAUUUUGAUGGUCGUUCCUUCUUUGUAUCUAGACCAGGGCAUUCACUCUUCUUACCGGUAUCAGAUCUUCUUAAAGUGGAUGAUAACCAAUCUUCCAAUAAUUUAUCUGGCAGGAAUUCCUUCCUUAACCGGCUGCACGCUCACAGAAAGCGCAGAGAUGCCACCCAUGGCCAUUUUAAACCAGAAAAUUGUUCCAACUGUGCCCAGUAUGAAUUUGUUUGUACUGGUUGUUCGCGUGGCCAUGUUCCUGUCUAUGAUAGAAUUACUUCAAGACCUUCCAUACGUUAUGAUGAUCAUCACUCUUAUGAAAUGUACAACUCCAAUCUUCCUGCUGUUAUUUCUUCAAAUAGAUCAGGCAGUCCUUCUAACAUGGUGCAAGCUUCUAAGGCCAAUACAACUGGUCCUGUGGUUCGUAGAAGGGAAGAAUUUGCUGACGAUCGAAAUAUUCCCAUUAGAUAUGCUGAAAACUCUCCAGAAAGAUUUCAAAUUAGGCGAAAAGACUCGUUUUUCAACAGCCUCAGAGUAAUUUAUGACUUGAAAGAAUGGGUCUCGUGUUUGGUAAUGGGUACGAAUCGAAGGAGGCCAAAGAAGAAGGUAGUUUUUGAAGACAAGAAAUCUGUUGCUAGUUUUUAUUUCGCUCGAGGUAGCCGAGACUCCCAAUCGAUUACCGGUGAAAGAUUGUCUUCCUUUGCAGAAUACGCCUCCAUAAAUGUUGCGAAAUCUUCCAACCAAAUUAAGAAAUCCAAUGUCGGGAAUGGUAGUUCAACUCAGUUUCGCAAAAGUAGGAAAAAGAGACCAGCCCCACUACCUCCUAUUCCAGAAAAAAAUUUUCAUUCAUUAAAAAAUAAUUAUCUUAGAAAUGAGGUUAUUUCGGAAAAUAGAAACGGAAUCACAACGAAGCCCUCCAAAUCUGCUGGUGUCAUAAGUCAGUCUGUUCAUAUCAAGAGGAAGCACAAAAAGAGAAAGGCACCCUCACCACCACUCGGGGAAAGCUCUUCGAUUCUUUCCGGAAUUGGCUCAGUUCUGAGUCUGAUUGAACAUGCUAAAGUGUCUCAGGACAACCUGAAGCGAACCCAAAAAGACCAUAGGCCGAAAAACAAACAGAAGAAUGAAAAAGUACCGAAAUAUCCCGCAAAUACUGCCUCCAAAAUGAAUAAGAAAAGAUUCAUACCUCGUAACUAUAAUCAAAAUUCUGCGACAGACUCGGACAGUGAGCAUUCAGGGCAGGUUUCGAGUAGUUUAUCCUCAGCCGACGAGAGCGAUGAGAUCGUAAGAUACAACAAAACAAAAGCUAAGAAAGGUUCAGUGCAACGAAGCUCUAGUUUCAUGAAAUACGCAGGCACUGAAGAUGAUGUCUGUGUAAAAAUAUCCAUACAGAAGACGCAAACGAACGUUGUCACGGUUGAAGAACUACCGACGUCGAGUACUGUACAUUAUACCAUAGAAGAAUCUUCCUCGUCAGAUCUGUCUGAAGAGGAGCCCGAGAUAGUUGCCCCAAAAGCAUAUGCUGUCAAAGCUCAACAAGAAUCCAAGUUUAAUUCUUCCGACAGCUCUUUCGAUGAAGUGAAUGACGGAUCGAAAAGAACAAUAUUCGAAGAAUUACAGCUUAAGUCUCCAGAAAAAAGCUCUGUGAAGGAAUUUAUUCAGGCUUUCAACAUGCUUGCUGAUAAGGGAAGUACAAGUUACGUCAAACAGAUAUCCAAUGGUCAUACCGCAAAUUUUGGAAUUACAGAUCAGAAUAUUUCCAAUUAUAAAAACUCCACUUCCAAAACAUCACAGUCAGUUCCAACAAAGUGGGAAUAUCAGAAUAAUAAUAAUAAAAUUAACAACUUCUCUUAUUCGGCUAAUCAGAUAUUACUUCCCAUUGAGGAGGAAUCAUUAAACGAAUUGCCGGAGCCUGGUUCUAGUGGUAUAAUCUCUAAGAGUUCUAAAGGAAGAAGUAAAGCAUCAAUGGAGAAUGGCUCUUUGGAUUUAAAUCAGAACAAAGCCUCAAAAAAGAACUUCAAAGUGGAAGAAAAUUUGCAUGGGAAAAGUCUGGGGAAGAAACUUCCUGCUAAACUAGAAAAGAAAAAGUCUUCUCAAGCAUCUGCUGUGGCCUUAACAUCAUUGUUGUCUAGUGGGACAAAUGACAUAAGUGAAGGAGAUACUACAGAUUCUCUAAAAUCUUCCCAACAAUUAGAUAGACCAAUCAUGGUUGGUCUGCAUAUUGAAAAUAAGUCUUCUCAUCGUGGUCCUUUGCCUUUAUUGGUGACACCAUCAAUGUCUUUACGAAAAUUGAAAAAACAAGUUGAAUCAGAAUACAGUUUUCCUAGACUGCAACAAUGCUGGAUUUUUGGUGAAUCAUUUGCUGUGCAGGAUGAUGCUUCUCUUGCUAGUUAUGGUGUCACAAAACCAGGUUGCUCUGUUCUUUUAUAUGUUAUGUCCAAGGAAUCUUUGCCUUCACGUUACAAACAAAAUUCUGCUGGUAGAAUCAAUGCCAAGCUUCAUAUGAAAACACCUAAGGAAGUUGAGAAUGGGUUAUUAGAUGACAAAAAGAAAGGUGAUAUUGAGCAUUUUUAUCCAAAGGAUUCUCGUAAAGAAGAAGAAGCAAAUCAGCUGAAAACUUUGAGUCAAAAUAAGAAAUCUGAAUUUCACAAAGCUUGGGAAGCAGAUUUUGAGAAAAAGAAUGACUACCGCACACUCGUUGCAUUAGAUGAUGUCGACCUGGUUUCGAAUGUGGAGUCCUUUGAAUGCCCAAUCUGUAUGAUGAAUGUGGCAAAUGGUGAAGGUGUUAUUCUUCAAGACUGUUUGCAUAGCUUUUGCAAAGAAUGCCUUGCUGGUUCAAUACAGUAUUCAGAUACAGCUCAAAUAAAAUGUCCCUUUCGAAAUGAUGAGUACUCCUGUGAAAGUCAUCUUCAGGAACGAGAAAUUAAAUGUUUGGUCACACCAGAAAUAUAUGAGAAACACCUUCAGAGAAGUAUGGCUCUGGCUGAAAGUCAAGCCCUUGAUAGUUUUCACUGUAAAACGCCCGACUGCCCCGGUUGGUGCCUUUUUGAAGACAAUGUCAACACAUUUGUUUGUCCUGUUUGCAAAAAGACAAAUUGUCUGACAUGUGCUGCCAUACAUGAAGGUAGAAACUGUAAGCAAUAUCAGGACUUUGUUGCUUUUAGCUGUGAUACUAAUGAGGAAGCAAAGAAAACUAAAGAAUAUUUACAGAAUAUGGUGCAAAGUGGAGAAGCGAUGGAAUGUCCUCAGUGCCAAGUUAUUCUCAUGAAGAAAUGGGGCUGUGAUUGGUUGAAAUGCUCAAUGUGUCACACGGAAGUUUGCUGGGUGACUAAAGGUCCUCGCUGGGGUCCAGGAGGAAAAGGAGAUACCAGUGGAGGCUGCAAAUGCAUGGUAAAUGGUGUCAGGUGUCAUCCAAAAUGCAGCUACUGUCAUUAAAAGGAAUUAAUGCUAGCAAGAUUUUCAACUGCGUUUGUACAUUCACUAAAGACAUGCGUAUUUUUUUGUAUCUUUAAAAAAUCACUUAUUUUAAUUCAUUAACUGAAUUUCUUUAGCCGUGUUCCUUGAAUUUAUGAGACAAUAUUUCUCUUUACAAAUACACAGGAUGCCUCAUUAGCAAUGAGAGACAAACUUUAAAGGAUGCCAUGCUCAGGGUAUCCGCGCACCUGGAAAGUCAUGAAAAAUCAUGGAAAGUCAUGAAUUUCGGUAUUGAACAAAAUUUGUCAUUAAAUGUCAUGAUUUUUAUUAUUUUUUAAAAAUAAUCAUGGAAAGUCAUGGAUUUAGAUCUCCGAAAAAUAUCAUUUUUAUAAUGGAAUCUCCCUCCCCCCAAUUUCAUCCUGUUCCAAAUAUCUGAAUUUCUAACAAAAUCACCACUCAGUCAUAUUUUAUUUGAAUAUAAAAUGAUUUUAUCAUGUUCUUUAAAAAUUAUAGUGUUUUUUCAAAAAAUGAAAGAAAAAAUAUCAUUUCUAGAGCAAAUUAUCCUUUAAACUCUCUUCUGUGAUUUAAGAAUUUUUAUUAUUAUUUUUUUUUUAAUUUUAUAAAUUUGAAAUUCUAGUUGAAGCAAACCAGUUAUUGGCGAAUUUUUUUCAUUCUGAAAUGAACAGAAAAAUCGGGAGUAUUUCUUUCCUUUCUGACGAACAAGAAAAGUAUCUUUAGAAUAUAAUUCUGCAGAAAUUUUUUUUUUUUUGCUUUUGUAUUUUUUUCAGCUAUUUUAUUGUUUCAACUCUUUCCUUACUCUGUUUUUUAAGUUUAAAAUCUCUAAAUAUGAAGAUAAAGAGUAUAAUAGUUUUGGUUAUGCCUAUUUCGAAUAAUGUUAUUAUAAUGCUUUUUAUAAUUUAUUGUUGAGUUUUUAUUGGAGAAAAUAGCAACUUCGUUAAGUCACAAAAAAAUUCUUGGAAUUAGUCAUGGAAAAUCAUGAAAAGUCAUAAAUUUGAAAAUCUAAAAUGCAGCAGAUGCCCUGCCUACUACGAAAAAAGUUUUCCUCGCAAAUUCUCUUUCUCCUUCAUUACUAAUUUGAAAUUUAAAGUACAGAAAAAGUGAGUUCAGACAAACCUAGAGUAAGCCAUGAAGUUUCAAAUACUGAAAAGAAAAUAUUAAAAUAUACAAAUGAAAAUAAAAUAUGAGAUGAUAACUUAGGAUUACACAACAGAGAAGUUCUCUUCUAAUAAAUUGUUUGUAUUUUAAUAUUUUUAAGUACUUUUUUCAGCAAUUGAAACUUCAUGACUUACUCUAGGUUUGCCUGAACUCACUUUUUCUUUCUUUUAAAUUAGUAAUGGAGGAGAAAGAUAAUUUCCUUCAAAGGUAUGGCGUCCUCUUAAGGAUCAAUCGUAUAUUUAUUACACCUUGAAAAGUUCCAUUUUAUCAUUUUUAUAAAACAGCACACGAUGUUUUCUUCGGUUAAAAAAGCACCAAUACCAAAAAAUAGUACAGUAGGGAACCGAUUAUCCGGAACGAGCGGGACCAUCGCUAUUCCGGAUAACUGAUACUUCCGGUUUUCUGAAUCGCUACAAAAAGCCGUUUUUUUUAUUGUUAAACCCAACUAAAAAAAAUAAAUAUUUGGAAAUAAUCUUAAAAAGAAGAAAAAAUGAUGAAGUAAUACACUAAUAAUUAUUUCCAAAAUGAUAGUAAGGUUAAAAAUCUUUCAAAAAAGAAAGAAAAAUCCUAAAAUCUUAAGAGGAAAAUUUUUUUCUUUUUUAAAAUUGCGGGAAAAUUUAUCGAAUUUCGUUCCGGUUUUUUGGUUUUCUGAUUUCCGGAUAACGGGUUCUGUACUAUAUUUUGUAAAUUUAAUUUCAUGGACAAUAUAAUUCAGUUAAAAAGUUGAUACAUUUUUAAAACUACUUCGCCUUUAUUGGUCUCUUUUUCCUAACCUCUGGCUAAUCCUUACUGUUACCCACAUUUAUGUAAAUAUGGACCUUCAUUUUCUGAAGUUAUCAGCAGAUGGCCGAAGUGGGAAUAUAGCUUCCCAUCCACAUUUAAUAUAUUAAUAAAGUUGGUGGGUUUGCAAAGAUCUUAUGAAGGGUUAAAUAAUAACUUUUGUUUCAAUCAAAUUGUCUUGGACUCAAUAUCGGUUUAUUACAAUAUUUUUAAGAUCAUAGUAUAGAAAAACGUCACCCUUUAAUAGAAACAGUCCAUUAUGGACCACACUUAAGCAUUUGUGUUAAUCUGCCAUAUGAGGGUUUUUUCAUAGAAGUUUUUAUGAAAGACACUGAAUUCCUAUUUAUGUUUAUGUACAAUACAAAUUUGUUUUAAAGGGUAUAUUUUAAUUUCUCUUUCUUUAAUGUCCUUUUUUUUUCGAUUUGAACAAUUUAUUUAAUUUUUUUUUAUGUAAAUCAAAAAUUUUUCAAAGAUGCUUCAAAAAUCUUAGUUUUUAAUCAGUAAACUUCUAUAAUCGUAAUUGAAAUUUAACUAAAAAUAUAUCGUUAAAAAACAUCUCAAACUAUAUUGCUACUUUAAAAAUUGAUUCAUUAAAAUGUAAUAGAAAUGUAUCAUUAACAUAUUAAAAAUCAAAAAAUAAAUUUCACAUGUUUUUUUUUUCUUAUGAAAUUUUGCUAAUUGAAUCUAACUCAGCAGCAUGUUUUAAGACAAUAAAAACCAAUUAAAAAUUUUUUAACUAUUUUUUUUCAAUUGCAGUUUAAAAAUAUUAUUUAUCUAAAAAAUAUUUGAUUUAAAUCAGUAUUUUUUUGCUUUCUAAAUUAGAUGGUUAAAUCAUGAUUCAAGGAACACUGUUUAAAGUAUUAAUUUAUUCACAUUGUAUGUGUCUUGUUAAAGACAGUGUAGUUCAUUUCUAAUUGAAUUUGUAUUAUUUUCUUCAUUUAAUCACUGCCACAAUUCAUUUACUAAUUUGAUAUGUGGAAUGUUUAUCUUUUAAUAGAUUUAAUGGAUUGAAUGAGAGUUUGAUCAUUGUGUUGAAAAAUUUUAUGAGUAAUAAAUUUAAUUGUUGAUUUUGUU